CCCCUCUCUCUCUCUCUCUCUCUCUCUCUCUCUCUCUCUCUCUCCAAUCCAUCGCCCUCUCUCUCUCUCUCUCUCUCUCUCUCUACGUUCGAUUCCGUGUCCUCUCCUGGCGCUGUUCUCCUCUCCAUCUGCUAAGCAGGCUGAAUUCUUCUACUUCUGGUGAAUAUUUUGGUGGGUUGAGAUUCAGAAUAAAUGGCCCUGAGAGGUGUCUGGCAACUUCAGAAACUCAUAGUGAGCUACUGUGAUUGGGGAGGAAGUAGCAGGGGAAUCAGGGCCUUCAUGGAAUCUCAUUUACCAGCAUUCAAGGAGAAUAAUCCCCAGCUAGAGGUGGUUACUGAACUAAUCCGGGGUCAACAUCCUCACUUGAAAGGCUAUUACAAAAACCAUAACCAGAGGGUGAUCUGCGUAAAGAACUUAACUUCCGAGGACAUACUGUUGCAUGCAACAAGGCUAAGGAAUGCCCUAGGAAGGAAAGUGGUGAAGCUGAGGACCAGGCAUGUCACCAAACAUCCUAGUGUUCAAGGAACAUGGACGACCGCAGUCAAAUUCUAAACGAAUCUCUCCGAUCUCUGCCGCAUUAAAAGUGAAGCAGUUUUUUAUAUCCUCAGUGAUUUAAUAGCCAUUGAAGUUGCUUAAUCAAAUCGAAGGCCUACGCCGGUGAUUAAUCCUAUCUCUCUGUAAUUUCAAUUUUGUCUGUUGUUACUUGUGUGAUGAGCUUUCGGAAAUGUUAUGUUAGCCAAAGCUUGCACAUGGAAAGAAUCUUACCUUUUGAAGUUAAAUGUUUAAUCUUUGGUUUUAGUUCUGAAGUUGACACUACAUUGCAUCUAAUGUUUUUGCAGUUGUGAUUUCAGUAA